AUGCACCAGGCCAACCUCCCCGGCUACAAGCCGAGCAAGGCCGCCCCGUACGACUGGGCGGCAGACUGGCGCCAGCGGAGAGUUCUGAAAGGAGCGGUGCAGAGAGGUGUAGAUGAGGUGGAGGCAAUCGCUUAUUCAGCCCCUUGGUGGAUGACCAUCAGUGGGGAUACGUCGGGGAAUGUGGGCGGCAAAUCGAAUCUCCGACCGGAUAUGUACGGCGAGUUUGCGGAGUAUCUAUCGACAAUAGUUGCCCAUUUUCGCCACAAGUGGAACGUGACGUUCAGCACGAUGAAUCCGGCGAAUGAGCCGCUGGAGGGGUGGUGGUCGCAGGGGGGGCGGCACGAGGGUUGCAGUUACACUGCUGCUGAGCUGGAUAGGCUUUGCACGGCCGUGGCGGGUGCGCUGCAACGGAAGAAGCUUUCGACGCGCGUCGCGGGGUUCGACAGCUUCGUCGGGUUCACGAUGCGAAACGCGAAUCUAUUUUCCGGGCAGUUACUAUCCGGUCUGAAGAGGAUUUCGGUGCAUGGGUAUGUCCCGCCACCACCCACCACCACGGAUACCAGGGAGUUUAUAGAGAAGUUGUAUGUGGGGUUAGCACGGAUGGGGAUCAGUGUGGGGAAGGAGGUGUGGGUGUCGGAGAUUGGGCCGAUGUGGGUGGGAGGGGAGGACACCGACGUUGGGUUGUUCAUGGCGCGGUCGGCGAUUCAGGCGAUCAACAUCAUGGGAGCCUCGGCGUGGAUUUACUGGCAGGCAAUCAACCCUUACCUCCCGAAUAACCCCAACUCUGCCAAGUGGGGGCUGUUUACAAUAACGCACAACAAUGUGUCUGAUCCUGCUGUCGUGCCGCUGGAGAUUACAUUCUCGAAAAAGUUUCACAUGAUGAAGCAGAUGGCUCGGGCGUCGCCAAGAGGGAGCAUGCCGUUGAGAAUCGAGACGACUAACGGCUGUCACCACUGCGUUGCGUCGUUCUUCAACCCCGAUAAGAACUUCAUCUCUAUCUAUAUAGUGAACCAGGAUGGCGAUGACUACAGUAUCACAUUUGAAUUUGAGUUUUUUGGGCUGAUGGACGGGUCGCGCCCGUGUGUGGUGGAGGUGCAGCGGACGUCUACGAGUGAGGAUGCAGAGGCCUCGUUUCUCUUCGUCUGCCUCGCCUCCGCGGCGCUCCUCUCCGCCGCCGCUGCCACUCCCGCAGCAAAUGCGACUGCCGCCGCAAACAAGAUUGCGGCCGUAAACAAGACUGCGGGCGCAAACGCGACUCACCCAAACCGUGUCGGGUCUGCCGGCGUGAGCCUCACGUUGACGAGCGCGAGGCGGAGCAACGGCAUGAGCCAGGGGAAGGAUACCACGUGCUCGUACUACGGCAACUACUCCGCCAACCCCUUCUUUGGCAAGGGUCUUACCGUGAAGCUUCCUCCCGCCGCCUUCCACAAGCGCUUCGGCGUGUGUUACAAGGUGAGCUGCGUGAACAACACGAAGCGGUGCCGCGACAAGCCCGUGACGGUGCGCGUGGUGGGCGAGGGGAAGACGGAGAAGCAGCUGUCCCUGUCCCGCGUGGCGUGGGGGAAGAUCGUGCAGGCCGACAUCGCCGGCGCUCCCGUCAACGUCACGUACGUGCGCACCAACUACGUGUCGACUGUGGUCUCCGCGGUGCGCGUGCGGAAGAACGCGACGGCGGAGAACUUCGCCAUUCAGAUGGUGGGGCUGGCGGGGCCCGGCACGCUGCAGCUCGUCGAGAUGAGCGCGGACGGCGGCAAGAAGUGGACGAAGCUCGCUCGCGACGGCAGCAAGGCCGUGUGGGUGCUCGCGGGCGCGGAGGCGAAGGCGGUAACUAGUGCGAAGAAGGCGAUGAGCGUUCGCCUCACCGCGGGGCACACGCUGGAAGUGAUCAUUCUCGCUGACGUCAUUCCCGCCGAUUGGAAGCCUGCUACGCUCUAUACUGCGAAGACUAACUUCAAGAAGCUGAUGCCCGAAGCAAAGUAA